AUGCGCGAGCUGCUGGCUCGGCUGCGGCGGGCGGGGUGCGCAGAGGGCGACGACACAAUUGCCCAGGUCCACUGCGCAGUCUGCAAGGCCAGCUCCGAGCGCGCCCGCGCAGCCGCGGCGCAAGAGGUGGCGCGCUCCGAGGAGGCGUUGCUGGCGCUUGUCGCCGCCAUGAGCGGCGGCGCCGACGCGGCGCGGAACGACGCGACGACGGCGCUGCUCACGAUCGCAAAGGCCGGCCCAGAGUGCAAGAGCGCCAUCACGCGGCACCCGCGUGUGCUGUCGGCGUUGGCCUCCGCGGUCAGCGGGGAGGUCCGCUCGAGCAGAUGCGCGCUGGCGGUGAUAGGCUUUGUGAUCGGACCCUCAGGCAGCAGCAGCACCCACGCCACUGCCAGGCGCGUCGGCAAGGCCGAGGGCAUGUUUGACGCGCUCGCAGGGGCUCUGGCCGCCGCCGAUUGCGGCGUCUCCGGGCUCGCCGCGUCGGCCAUCGCCAUGCUGUGCAAUGCGUUGCCUGGUUGGCUGCAGCGCGUGCGCCGCAACGACGGCGGCGCCUUCGACGCAGCGCUGGCGGCGCUGCGGUCAGGCGUGGGGCCGAGCGCGGAGCUCGUUGCGCUCGCCACACAGGGCUCGUCAGGCUGCGCGGCGCGCGUCGCGGCGGACAGCGAUGCGCUGCGUGUGCUGUGUGUCAUGGCGGCCGGGGGUGUCGUGACCGUCAUCGCCGGGUGUCCCGCCAGCGCGGCGGGAGCGCUGGCCAGUCUCAUCAAGGCCGGCCACGCGGCCAGCGUCGAGGCGGCCAGCGAGGCGGUGGCAGACGCUGGGGGCGGCACAGCGCAGCGGGGCGCUCCGGGCGAGGGUGCACCUGAAGCCCAGGCUCUCAGCCAUGGCUCCGCCUCUGCCGCCGCGGCGCCCGGCGUGCCUGCCGCUGCAACGGCAGCCGCCAGCAGUGGCUUAGCUCCAGAGGCGCAACAGCAGGCGCGCGAUCAAGAUCAGGGGGAGCAGCAGGAGGCUAGGCCUCCCAAGGCUUGCGCGGCCUGCGGCAAGACCAAGGCGGACGGCGCCGUGCUUCGACGCUGCCGCGGCUGCGGUGACGUCACCGGCGUCAGGUACUGCAGCGAUGCGUGCCAGCGCAGCGCCUGGAAGGAGCACAGGCAGGCGUGCAAGGCUGCACAGCUGAGCGGCGACGCGGGGAGCUCGUAG